AUGAGAGGUGUGCACCUGGCCGCUCUCCUGGCUCUGCUCUCAGUGCCCCAGGCCCAGGCACUGUGGCUGGGGAGGCUCAACCCUAACCAGCUCCUGGGGUCCUGGUACGUGCUUGCCAAGGCCUCCGGGGAAAAGGACUUUGCGGUGGAGAAGGCCACGAAGAACAUUGAGGGGGUCGUGGUGACCCUCACUCCAGAAAACAACCUGAAAAUGCUGUCCUCCCGGCACAGGCUGGAGAGAUGUGACUUGAACGUGGUGGAGCUGCUGAGACAAGCCUCUGGCUGGGUGUUUGAGAAUCCCGCGCUGGGCGUGGUGGAGUUCCGGGUGCUGAGCACCAACUUCAGGGACUACGCCGUCGUCUUCACCCAGCUGGAGUUCGCCGAUGAGGCCUUCAGCACCGUGGAGCUCUACAGUCGGUCGGAGCUGGCCAGCCAGGAGGCUGUGCACCUCUUCGCCAAGUGGAGCAAGGGCCUGGGCUUCCUGUCACAGCAGCAGGCCCAGCUGCAGAGGGACCUCACCUGUGCGCACAAGGCCUUCCAGGUAAGCUUCCUCCCGAUGGCGGCCCCGGGACCCCUGCAGGGCAGCCCUUCCCAGUGGCAGUGCUCCACUGCCGGGAAGGAUCGGGGGCGGGGUGCAUCUAUGGGCGAGUCCGGGUCCCCCAAUGCUUUUUUUGGUUUUCAGUGA